GCCAGCAAACUAACAGCUGUGUUUAGAGAGAACUGUCAUUCCGUUUGUUUAUUUCGACCCUCUCCCAGGCGGUGCUCGGCGGUACGAUACGGGUGCAGGGCGUGUACGAAGAUCAAACCAUCCAGGUGGUACCGGGUACAUCGUCCCACACCCGAGUCUGCCUCCGCGGCAAGGGUCUCAAACGGGUCAACAGCUACGGAACCGGUGACCACUAUGUCCACCUGAAGAUCCAGAUUCCGACCAAGCUGAACAACAAGCAGAAAGCGCUGAUACAGGCCUACGCGGAGCUGGAAGAAGACACCCCCGGACAGAUCAUGGGCGUUACAAACAAAACUGAUGGUAAGUCAUCUUCAGGGUCUGGUUCUUCGUCGACGUCGUCCUCUUCGGCUUCGUCUGCGUCUUCUUCCUCGUGGUCCUCGAACUCGUCAUCCCGUUCCAAGGCGGCCGCCGAGGAGGAACCCCUCGCGGACAAGUUCACCCAACGUCCAGCAGAGGAUGACUUCAAAGAUUUUCAAUCGCACGAUAAAACCGGUUCUCGAGAUUACAAAAAAGACCAGCUGGGAGGAUCGCGGUUCUAUUUCGGCCUCGGAGUGGCCCUGGUCUUUGCGUGGUACGUGUACUACAGCUAUCAGCAAAUUCCGCACCAGCUGGAACUGGAACGGGAUGCGGCACUGGAAAGGCAACGACGGACAGCCCAAGCCCAGCAGACGCAAAAAAGUCCAUUCGACGAAGCUUAGAAAACCUUUUGACUUUUCCCCGCAAUUCCUUCAGAAAUUUUUCUAGGUGUUCCCGAGUUUCUCAUAUAUUUUUAGUGUACUUUUAACAAAUUGAAUUUAUAUGAAUAUGAAUUUAUGAAACAUUUCUGUUAUUCAUCCAAUGUUUUCUGGAUUUAAUUAUGUAAUUCGAACCUACAAUUACUUUUAGAGUUGUUCCAUAAGAUUACCAGUUUUUUUGGUAAAUCCAGCAAGAGCUUCUUCUAGAAUUUAUCUAAAAUUUAUAAAUGAAAUUGUUCCACCUAGAAUAAAUUAAGUAUUUAGGAUUUAUUUGUUAAUUUCUUUUGAAUUUUCUCCAUAAUAGAAUAGAAGAGUUUUUUUUUCAA